AUGAACAAACUGUGUGAGUGCUCUCAAGGUGUGUGUGACCAUGGAACAGGAGACUGGAGGGACUCAUGGAUUCCAACCACAGGCCUGGUUCCCCCAGUACAAGCCAUGAGCCAGUUGAAUCUGAAUGUGAAGAUGGAACGAGGACUGACUGGAGUCACACUCACAUCAACCCCCAUGACAUGCAGACAGAUCAAGAAAACCACACAGGAAGCUGAGAAACUGUUAGAGCAUCAGGGUCAGGCAAAGACCCCUGACUCCAUGUUUGUGGCCAUGCUGGCCAUGGUUUCCUGUGCAUCUGUAAGAUCAGCUGGACCACCAACCGGCAAUUGA